AUGACAUACAACAAGAACUGCAGCUACACUGCUUACGCGACGUUCACCAGGGAAACCCUACUCAGAAUCUGCCCCGACGACGUGUGCAGAUGGAUGAACUACUGCGCGCUCGGCGAGCCAGACCCGAGUGGCGACGCCAAGCCUGUUCAUGGCAGAGACUUGACGCUAGAGUACGCAAAGAAGGCCUUAGAUGGUGGCCGAAUAGUAUGUCGGUUUCUGCAGGACGUGUUCAGCAAAGGCGAUUUUCACAAGCUGAAGCAGGGCAACUUGGGUACGCACAGUUUGUAUAAGGGUGCAGCAACGUGUGCGAGUUGGAGUGGGCUUCCGAAGGACAACAUCAAUCGCCACGGACGAUGGCAUGAUGUUGCUACUGCCGCGCUGGCCGGUCCUCUUGGGUCAUGCAUUUACGUGCUAAAAAAAGGUGUUCAAUCCGUCAUGGAUACGCUUCUAGUGGACCAAAUCACCAAAGAUGUUGCGCGAUUUUUGGCGUUGCCGCUGCCGUGGGCAUCACUUGUAAGCAACGGCAGCUUUAACUACAAACUAGUUCCAGCGGAAUUGAAGCAACGCGUUGUACAGGCGUACGCCAACGCAGGCGGAAACGCUGCAACUAAUCCUGUAAGACGCGUGCCGAUUCGCGUUUCCCGUGACGGAGCUCAGCUCGAGCUCAUUGAGCUGCAAGAUGGCGCCUCCGGCGCCUCAGAAGCAGCGCCCACCGAGCCAACUCAAGCAGAUACGUCGGCGGACAGCACCCGAAUGGAGUUUGCAGCGCUGCACACACAGGCUUUUGCCUCCUACGCCAGCUUAGCAGUAUUACCGAAGCAACACAAAGAUCUUUACGAGAUCUGGCAUGACUUUGCGUUCGGGCUCGGUGGAUCCAAAGCCGCGAAGCACUUCACUUCUGUCGAGCGAGGGCCUAACAAGUUCGUGUUCUCGCGCAGGAAAGCAUUCUGGGAUGUUGCCACCUACCUCGUCAGAGCGGGCUUCACCAGUGAUGUUGCUAUCGAUAAGGUGUAUGCUGCGUACGGCCGGCAGCGCUCAGUGACAGGUAUUCUUCUUCAGAUGCGCUAUGGCCGUAAGCAUAGCGGUCAUCCUGAGCUCGGCGAGUAG